UAAAUGUGGUGCAUUUCACCAACUUUAUUUGAUAUUCCCUUAUCAUAUAAUAAACACGUUAAUAACUUGCAUUUUGAAAAGAAAAAAAACAAUGCUUGUGUCAGACUGUGGUGUAAAUAAAUAAGUUUAAACGUUUUGAUAAGAAUGGCUAUAUUAAAAGAAUGGAGAGCGCCGUCUUGUGUGAAAGUGUUGGCUGUACUUUUAUUCGGCACCUUAAUGUGUAGGCACGUGAUGGGUGAUGAAGCAUCACAAGUCUAUACACUACCUUUCUAUUGUUCUUUUUGCGGUUGUAAGAACGAUACAAAUGGUAUUAUUACUAACUGUUCAGGACUAGGUCUUUUCAGGCCGCCUAAAACUAUUGACAACGAGACAAAAGAACUAUAUCUUAAGGAUAAUCUCAUAAAAACCAUUAAAUACUCCAAUUUUGCUGGUCUUUACAAUCUAGAAAUAUUAGAUAUCUCUGGAAAUAUCGUUUCAGAGAUAGAAGUUGGAGCGUUCAGAGAUAUGUCAAAUCUAAAACAUUUGUACCUGAAUGGACAGAUUAAUACUCGACGAAUAAUUGUCCUUCAAAAUAUUUUUAAAGUUGGUGUAUUUGAUGGAUUGAGCAGUCUUAAAGUGUUACAUAUUCAUAACUUAUUACAAACAAGUGAGUUAUCUUAUUCUGUUAUACCUUUUUACGCUUUGAAAGUGUUGGUGGCACUGGAAGAAUUGCGUAUUGAUGGAGUAAAUAAUGUAAGAUUUAAUGAAAGUUUCCAUGUACUUAAAAACCUUUCCACUGUUGUUAUGUCUGGUUUUGAUGGAACGUGUUCGAUUAAUCAACUAGACAGAAAUUCAUUUGUUGGUUUGCAAAACUUAAGGAAUCUUACCAUGAGUAAAUGCCGGAUUACAAAGCUAGGACAAGGGAUUUUCUGGUGGACAUUAAAGCUCCAAUACUUAGAUUUGUCAUGGAACACGGAAUUAGAAAUAAACCAGUUUGGAACCAUACUGGAAGAGCUGAAAUAUACAAAUUUGCAAAUCUUAAAAAUUAAUGCCAUACAUAAUCCAGAUAGAGCGGGUACUGAGUUAUUGAGGUCAGAUAUAAAAUAUAUUAGAGACAUUAAAUUGAUAGAAAUCUACAUGGAUGAUAAUGGUAUAGAAUUUGUAGAUUAUGGAGUGUUUGACAUGUUUCCAAAAUCACUAAAAAAACUUUAUUUAAGACGUAAUAAACUCGCCUUUGGUUACUACCUGUAUGAAGCAGUUUUUAACAAUCCUAAUCUUGUAGUUCUGGAUGCUGGGGACCAGGCAGUUGCUGCGAGGUCAGAUCGUGUUUUUACGGAUGCAUUUCAAAAAGUCUUUGGACUGUUUAAAAGACAUGCACCUAGUCACGUCCCAAAAUUCAAUGCCACCAGCAACUUAUACCAUAAUAAUCUUCAGCCGUAUUCCGAAAUGACCAGAUUUGAAAAUGACCAUCUGCUAAAACACAUGAGAAAGGCAAGGUCGUCUGAUUCACUGCCGGUGUUAAACUUGAAAACAUUGAUAUAUAGCGCAAGUCUGUCCGAUCUAAGACCACUGAAUUUUAGCGCAACUAUAAAUAACAUUACAUAUAUGGAUUUAUCAAGACAUUUCAUGCCGAUGGUAGAAGCUUUGGCGUUUGACGGAUUAUAUCACCUGGAACAUUUGAAUUUGUCACAUAACUAUAUGGAAAAUAUCCAUACAGAUACAUUUCAUGGGCUACCAUCACUUCAAUUAUUAGAUCUGGAAAAUAAUCUGCUUGGAUAUAUAUUCAAGUCAGACAAAAAUGGUAAAUUACUGUCCUCUUUAGUCAGUCUAAGAGUUAUCAAUUUAUCAAGAAACAGAAUAAAUUCACUUGACAAAAAUGUAUUUAAAUAUACAAGUAAAAUUGAAAGGCUAGACUUGUCUUACAACUACAUCGAAGCUCUAAGCAUUGACUUAUCAACAUUCGUACAACUUAAAUACAUCGAUAUUUCAUACAAUCGACUGCAUUCUAUAGAAUCAUCUGUUCGCUCUGAUUUAAGCAGGUUUUCUCGUGUCGAAAUGGAUUUAAGCAACAACCAUUUACUUUGCACUUGUGACACUAUUCCAUUCCUUAAAUGGCUUUUUCAUUCGGAUAUCAAAUUUGUUAACACAAAGAACUACUAUUGUUCUCUGGAUGGCAACUCGGUAAAUAUGUAUAAUGGAUCAAACUUAUCAUUAAGCAAAUUGGAAGAGGGUUGCAAGUCUUAUCACGAAAUUAUCGUUGCAAGUUCAACAGUUGGUAGUUUUAUUAUAGCAAUUCUUGUUUCAUAUGGUGUAUACCGUAAUAGAUGGAAACUAAGAUAUUUGUUUUAUAUGGCAAGAAUAAAGUUAGACAAAGCAAAGGUAGAGAAUGAAAAUGAUAAAUCAUUUGCUUUUGAUUGUUUUAUUUCCUAUGGUGACGGCGACAGAGCUUUCGUCACUGUUGACAUGUUACAGAACUUGGAAGUAGAGGGAGGGAAACGGCUAAACAUACGUGACAGAGAUUUCGAGAUAGGUGAAGUAAUUGCUGUUAACAUAUCAAAAGCCAUCCGUACAAGCAAGAAAACUUUUUUGAUGCUAAGCAGGCAUUUUCUCCGUAAUAAAUGGUGUAACUUCGAAAUGAACAUUGCACGAAUGGAAGCUAUACAUAUGAAUAGAGCAGUUAUUGUGAUAAUCUUCAUGGAGGAAAUACCAACAAAGGUUUUGCCUAUUGAAUUAAUGGAUCUUUUAAGAGAUUGUCCUAAUGUGGAUUUGCCAAAAGAUAAGGGAUUACGUGCAGCAUUCUGGCAAAAGUGUGUGGACUUUAUAAACACUGACUGACAAUGGUGUAAAGUGAUGUAUGUCAUGUUGGUAUUUUGAGACCAAUUUACUGUUGCACUAAUGCGUCAUGUUUAUUUGAUAUUUCUUUACCUGUAAAUGGUUGUAUUGGUAGAAUCAGUUGUACAACAUGCCACACUAGAAUAGUUACCUAAUUACGCAAAUGUAUGUCUCAAAUUUAAGAAGGUUUGCAAAAUGUGUCUUGAAUUAGAAUUCUGUGAAAAAAUAAGUUUUCACUUUUUUUAAUGACGAUAAUCUUUUAUGACGACGUUGUGGCAAAAUAUAAAUAAUCUUAAUUGAAAUAUACGGUAACUGGUAAAAAUUGUCUAUAAAAUUCUAUUCCAAAAAUAGUCAAAAGAGCAAAACCUGAAGGCCGGACAGCAGUGUAAAUCUGAAUAACUUGGACUGUUCAUUAAUGGUAACAGCUAAUGCAUUCUACCUCCACCCCUCUAAGCAAAAGCUUAAUCAUAAUCUAUCAUCAAAUUAAAAAGAAAAAUGCGAAUCUGCAUUCAUUCUCAUGUUUACAAGGAAAGAUGCUCACGGACAGUGAUGGUAUAUAAAACCUAACAUACAUGUAGGAGGCCAAAUCAUUAAGAAAGUAUCUUGAUAUCUGGAAGUUUGGUUGCUUUUUUGUUUUGUUUUUUAUUUAGUAUGAACAAAGUUACCAGUUGCAGACGACAGAAGACAGUAUAUUUGUAGAAAAACACACAAAAAAUACACAAAGCGUUUUUAGAUUAAAAAUGACAAUGCGUUUUAAUGUUCUGUAGUUUUAUCAUGAUAUCAUGAUGAGCGCAUGCUCUGUAUUUCUAGUAAAUAUCUAUGAUCACAUGUUAAGGCUUUACACAGAAUAAAUAUAUUCUUGUGCUGAA